CUCACCGUGGACGUGGCCGCGCGACAGACCGCCGCCGACGUGGACCAGAAGAUUGCCACGGCGUUGCUGCCCUACACGGACACCACGGGCUUGAAUGCUGCUGUAGCUUUGAGGACCACCCCCGCCGACGUGGACCAAAAGAUAGCAACGGCAUUGUUGACCUACGUGCAGCAAGUGGCCUUGGACGCGGCUUUGGCCAUCAGGGACGGGAGGCUGGAUGCUGCGGAGGCCGCCAUAGCGAGCCUGCAAGCUGCCGGUUACCAAACCGCCGCCCAGGUCUCAAGUGCCAUUGCCACGGCGCUUGUUGGCUACGCCACCGCCGGGGACUUGGCCAACUACGCCACCAGUGCCGACCUCACCGCUGCUGAAACUAGCCUCCAGUCCGCCAUCGAUUCCAUAUUGGCGCAGCUCGCCAUCCUAAGCUCCGCACGCAAACAGACGGCGCAAUCCCUCGUUCCGUACUACACCGGCGCACAAACAGACAGCGCAAUUGCAGCUGCACUCGUUCCGUAUUACACCAGCGCACAAACUGACAGCGCAAUCGCGGUAGCCCUCGUUGCGUACUACACCAGCGCGCAAGUCGACGGCGCAAUCACGGCUGCCCUUGUUCCCUACUACACCAGCGCACAAACUGACAGUGCAAUUGCCGCUGCUCUCGUUCCCUACAGCACGACGGUUCAAAUGGACGCCGCCAUUGCCGCUGCACUGGUGCCAUACUACACCAGCACACAAACCGACAGCGCUAUCGCAACAGCGGUGGGCGGAAUCGACUUGAGCCCUUACUACACAGCUGCACAAACCGACGCCGCCAUUGCAGCAGCCUUGGUGCCCGUGACCCUCUCGAAUGCUCCUGUCUGGGCGGGUAACGCCACCUGGGAGCUGCUCGAGGGCACCAACGUGAUCCGCAAUCUGCACUUCACGGGUCCCCUCGUAGCCAGUCUGCAGAACAACACAGACACGCUGCAGAUCGACUGCCAGUGCUACUCCACCGCCCAGACCUACACCCAGGUCGACAGCAGCAUCAGCGCGGCCUUGGUGCCAUACUGGGACCAGGGUGAAGUCUCGGCCGAAAUUGCCAGCCAGCUGAGCUCCUCCGGCUUCCAGACGCAAGCGGAAGGCGACGCGAGGUACUUUCCGGUCAACGGCAAUGCUGGGGGCGGGGGCAUCAUCCCCAUGGUGCUUGACAACUUCACGCCAAGAAUGAUCCGCGCGCUGCUGCCCCAGGCGCCCCUGGGGGCGAACCUGAUCCUCGGCAACUCCGCCACGGUGCAGCUCACCUGCGACUGCUACUCGAAGGGCGAGAGCGACGGGAGAUACUUCUCCAACACCGACUACGCACCUCUCGACUCCCGGUACCAUGUGGUCAACGGCAACGCCGGCGGUGGAGGCAUCAUUCCUAUGGUACUCGAGAAUUUCACACCAAGAAUGAUAAGGGCACUGCUGCCCCAGGCGCCCCUGGGGGCGAACCUGAUCCUCGGCAACUCCGCCACGGUGCAGCUGACCUGCGACUGCUACUCCAAAGCUGAAAGCGACGCGCGUUACGUUCAGACGGGAGAUCCUGUAGCAGACCCGCUACUGGUCAACGACGUAAGGGCCCCGGGCGGAGCCGACCUGUUGACUUUGCGGGGCGGCAGCCUCGGCAUCGAAUUUGAAGCUGACAGCGGGGCUCCCAUGGCAGAUCUGUCCACGAGCCUGUUCAGCGUCAAAGAUGGCAUCAACGUGCUGACCAGGGGCCGAAUUUUUGCGGACUCAAGCCUGGGCAUCGCCACCGCAGGCUCCUUCCAAGGGGGUACCGUGGAGCCUUUGUUGCCCACGGACCAGUUCCUAAACCUCAAGGCGGGCACCGUUUCGGUGCGGGUCACGGACGCCAGCGACAACAGCCUGUGCACCUUCGCCACUGCUGAAGUGCACACGGUGGCAACCAGGCUGCGCGUGGACGACCAGCUCUACAUCGACGACGUCGUCGGCACUGCCACGGGCCUGAUCACGAACGCCAUCUCCACGCGGGCCCAGGACACGCAAUUGUCCAUCACCGGCGGGUCCGGUGGCACGGUGGUGAACGGCGACUUGGAUAUACAGGGAACCAUGACCGGAGCCAGCAUUGAACUCAACACAGAGCUUCGGGCUCCAACAGUGCGGGCCAGACCCUCGGACACUUUUCUGACGAUCCGCGGUGGCGCCGCGGGCAUGUACCUGGUGCGGCAGAACGCGGUGGGGGACGUGGAAUUCAAGGUCCUCAACGAAGAUGCUACCACGGGGGAGGCAGCGCUCCGAGUACAGAACGGUUCGGGGUCCAACGGCAGUCUGAGGGCUCUGGAAAGCGGAAGCGAGGUGCAACUUCAAGCCACGAGCCAGACCAUCAGCCUGCAAAAUCAAACUGGGGCCUUCCAGGCGCCCGUUGUGGUGCAGACAAACGGACUGCUGGUGGCCAACUACGGCCUGCAGAACAAUUCUGACUCCAACAUCAAAGCAAACCAGCAGCCCACACCUCUGGCCGAUCUGAAAGCUGUUUUCGACGCUGUGGAAGUGAAAAGCUACACUCGCACAGACAUGCCACAACCCGAGGACCGCAUUGGCUUCAUAGCCCAGGAGAUCCUUGCCUCUGGCACGUCGGGGCCGAAGUUUGCCAGCAUGCAAGAAAACGGGCUUUACGGCCUAGACUACUCUCGGCUGACGUGCGUUCUAUGGGGAGUCUGCAAGCUACUCGAGCAACGCAUUGCUAUUCUUGCCGAUUGCGGGCAGCAAAACUUCCUGGUGCAGACCGGCCUCGACGGCGUCCAUUUCAGAUUGUUCCAGAUCCUCGUGCGCUUGCGUCGCCUGGGCCUACGCGUGAGCGCUCGACUGUACUCCGUGCACACCGGGGAAGCCCAGAUGAAGUCAAAGUGCCCGGGCGGAAACGGCGGGUCCCAGGCAUUACCCACCGAGCCGGUGCCCGAGAAAAGCUCCAGCAUUCGGCGGGUCAUAAUGGUCGUCUAUUUCCAUGACCGGUUCGAGGGCCAGCCACAGCAGAGCAACCAGACCGGCGCAAAGGCAGGAGCUGACGCCGACCCCGGUACUCGGUCAUCGCACAAAAACAUGACUCUCCGACUUGGCGACAUUCAGACAAACCUCAAGGGUGGCAAGUACCUGCCCGCCGAGCCUCCCGUCUGCUGGCACACCACACAGUGGGCCGAAAUCCUCUACGAGCCCAGCGCGUUCAGCAAGGGCGAACCAAACGAGCGAGUGAGCCUGUGCCUGGAGCUCACCGACGAAAUGCGCGGAAGUGUCGAAGCGCUCGAAAAGCAGGUUGUCGGCAAGAAGAUCGAUGGAAAAACCAUGCAAUCCUGCAUCAAGCCCACCCGCAGCAAGAGCCAGUGCUUGAAAUUGAAGAUCAACCUGAGCCGGGCGCGCUUCUGGGACGCCGAUGGCAACAGGCUCAAGGAACCUCCCACCGAGCUGCGAGGUCGCAAGGCCUUGGUGGCGGUGGAAGUGCGUCAGCUCUGGAUCAUGGGGUCGCAGUGCGGGCUUCUGAUGGAGGCCCAUGACCUGAAGUUGCAGGUGGAGCAGCUCUCUGGUGCCGUUCGGCAAGAACCCUCGGAAGCUAAUCUGGUUCAUCUGCUCGACCAGUGGUCUGCAGGAUGGAAGCACAAAGGUAGGUUUCCAGAUGGUGCUUGGACCUCCAUCACCAUUCUUUGCAAUCCGAAAAUCGGCGUCCAUCGAGACAUCCUGAAUAUGAAAGGUCAUCCGAACCAUGCCAUCACUCUCGGUUCAUUCGCCGGCAGUCGCAUGUGGGUCGAAGACGACGCUGGCAAAUCCCCCGCGCAAGUCGUGCUCCGAAAGAAGAUCCGCUCCCUCAUCGGCACGUGGCACGACAUCCACGACAAACCCAGCACUUUCGACGCAAGACGGUUCCAUCAGCUCGAACCGCUUGCACCCUGCAAGCUUUCAAACACGUUUCGGAUGAACUUGCAUCCCGCUUGGACCGUCUUGGAUUUCCAUCUCCAUCAGUUUGCCGGACGCCUGUAG